UAAUUCGUCUGUCAAAAAGCCGUUUGCCCUAUUGAUGGGUGUCGAGAUUUCUGUAAUAAAUUUCUUAUUUAUUCAAAUUCUUUGAGAAUCUUUUCGAUUUUAUAUUGCUAAAAAAUGGUUUAAUUACUGUAAAUUCUUUUAAAAUUUAUUAAGUGGCUGUGCACUGACUCUUGUAAACAAAUCCAAAAUGUCCGUUCCCAACACUGGAUUGAGCAAAUUGAAAAAGAAACAUAUUCGCGUGAAACAUCAAAAAGUGAAAUUGUUUCGUGCUAAUGAACCGUUACUGUCUGUUUUUAUGUGGGGUGUUAAUCACACGAUAAAUGAAUUAAGUCAUGUCUCAAUACCAGUUAUGUUGCUUCCCGAUGACUUCAGAGCUUACUCAAAGCUCAAAGUGGACAACCAUCUGUUUAACAAAGAAAACAUGCCAUCCCAUUUUAAGGUGAAAGAAUACUGCCCCCUCGUCUUCAGAAACCUCAGGGAAAGGUUCGGUAUUGACGACUUAGACUACAAGGAGUCCCUGACAAGGUUUAGAAAGCCAGAUAACUACCUCUGCUCGAGGAGGACGAAGAGGCUUAACAGUAAGCUGAGGCGGUCGGCUACAGCGCCGUCUGGUGUCGGCGAAUUGAAAGCCGAUGCCCACCAAGAGGGGAUAUUCCACGAUGCGAGUGAAUUCGUCAAGCGCGGUUUGACGAUUAAACGACUGAGGUCUCAACCGAUUCCGGACGACUCGUCGGGAAAGUCCGGAGCCAAGUUCUACCAGAGUUACGACAGACUCUUCAUCCUCAAGACUCUCACGUCGGAGGAGGUCGAGAGGAUGCAUUCCUUCCUUAAACACUAUCAUCCUUAUAUCGUUGAAAGGCACGGAAAGACUCUCCUCCCGCAGUACCUCGGCAUGUACCGGCUGACAGUGGACGGCAUCGAGCACUACCUCGUGGCCACGAGGAACGUAUUCUCCAACCACCUUAAUAUUCAUAAGAAAUACGACUUAAAAGGAUCUACAGUUGACCGUGAAGCAUCUGAGAAAGAGUUGGAGAAAGAGCUGCCGACACUCAAAGAUAACGAUUUCAUCAAGCAAGGCGUCCGCAUCGACAUCGGCGACGCGGCCAAGGAGAAGUUGCUCGAAACACUCACCGCUGACGUAGAGUUCCUAACGAAGCUGCACCUGAUGGACUACUCGCUGCUGCUGGGCGUGCACGAGUGCGGGCGCGGCGAGGCCGAGGCGGAGGCGGCGCGCCAGCGCGAGGCCGAGCCCGACAGCGACGACACCGACACCGACACCGACACCGACAACCGCCACCACGGCGACAGAUGGGGCUACAAUACUCCUCCCGAUAGUCCUCGAGGACUGGGUCGUCAGUCUUCGUUACGUUAUGAAGGUAUCAUACCUGAACUGGACAUCUACGCUAUCCCCAGCCAUGAUGGUGCACCAAAGAAAGAGAUAUAUUUCGUUGCUUUAAUCGAUGUUCUGACGCACUACGGAGUCAAGAAACAGGCAGCUAAAGCAGCGAAGACUGUGAAAUACGGGAGCAAUGUUGACGGAAUUUCAACCUGCGACCCAGAGCAGUACGGAAAGCGGUUCAUUGAGUUUGUGGCCAAAGCCAUCGAAGGCAAUUAAAAAUAAUGACAAUGCCUCUUUUAGUGCACACCGUUAUGUGAUGGUAAUGGUUUAUUUAUUAUUUUGUUCUGAACAUGUAUUAUAGUUUUUUAUUAUAUUUUUAAUUAUAAUAUACAUAGGUAUAUACAAAUGUUUCAAUAUAUUUUAGUUUAUUCAUUUUAAUUUUGAUUGAACAAUUGAAGGCUCGUACCGAUCCAACUGUCUUCAAAUGUGAAUUCUUUUAAUAUAAUUUGCACCAUUUUGUAAUAUUUUUACGUGCCAAUGUUUAAAAUUACUUGGAAGUUAUUUGUUAAAAAUAGUUGUUAAUAAAUAGUCGUUAUCCAUAUUGAUAUCUUUUGUAAAACGAAAAAAAAAAAAAAAAAUUGUAAACAGUCAUUCCAAAUUGAAAAUUUACAUUGGUGAAAGGAGAUGAAACAAUAAUAUAUUUUAGUGUAUACUUAUUAUGCUUUAUAUAAAAUAAAUGCGGAUGUGACAGGGUGUAAGAUCAUAUUUUUAAAAUUGAUUAAGCACUAAAAGAGGCAAAGAUAACUCCCAAAAAUGGAUGGAUGGUCGGUGCACAACUGUCAUUUAAAAAGCUUUAAUGCUUUUGAUUGAGUAUGUUCACUCAAAUCGUUCCGAAUUUGAAUGUAAGCUGUUUGCUAACUAUUGAUAGAACAUAAUUAAACUUCAAAUACCUUGUCCAGCUUUCAUUAUUAAUAUUUUAAAAAUACAAUAUUAGAUUUUUUUUCUUAUUUUUUUUACAUAUACGAUUUAGUCGAAAACGAAUUUUGUAAUCAUUGUCAAUUUUCAAUUGUAUUCAAUAGCUUCUGUGCUAAUGCACAUAUAUAUUUUUUUUAAUAAGUAAAUAUCUCAAUUUUAAUAAAACUCAAUUAGCUUUGAUAAUUACUUGAAUAACAGCUUUUUUUUUUAAAGUUAAGUGCCAUUGUCAAAUAAAGAAAAAGGUUGAAUUCUAUUAAAUCAAAAUUAAAUGUAUUCUAUGGUGACUCCUUAUGGUGGUCUAAACAUCAGUAUAUUAUAAUACGAGAGUCGAAUGGCAUAAAGCAUUACAAUGAUUCUCAUUGACAACAAUUAUAUAAAAAAGCUGUUAGUCUUGUCUCUGAUCUGUUUGAAAGUCUUGAACUGAUAUUUUAAAUCUACAAGCACACAUUGCAAUAAUUUUCAUAACUCGUUACUAGCUUUUAUAAUGUUCAGCUAUUGUAGAUUAGUAUGUAAUGAAUAUUAUUGUUAAAUAUCAUUGAUAUAAAGUUUUGAGAGUUAAAAUGAAUUAAUGUUAAACGCUGAAUUCGGUGUAAAGUUUGAUAUACGAUUAAUGGCUGUUACGACUAGGCACUGUGAUGUAUAUCCGGCCCGAGUGUCGCGGGAACGCUAUUUAAUCGUUGUUUUUGCCAAUGUCUAAAUAAUUUGCUUAGUAUCUGUCUAGCGUAGUGUUAAAAUAUAUUGUAAGAUUUUGUUAUUUAUUAUUCUAUAAAGAAUUAAGACUUGGAUUGUUACUGAGAUCUUUGUGAUGUUGUUCUGUGAAACUGUCAAUAUGUAACGCGGUGUUAAUAUUGAUUUGUAAUCUGUGGGAUGGUAAGGAUAUAACCAUGAAAAUUCUAAAAACGAUGUGUUCUAGACUUUUUCGAUCGUUUGUUGUGACCCAUUGUAUGUUUAUUAAUAAAUAUUUAUAGAAAAACCAGUAUUCCGUUUCAAAGGUUGAUUAAGAAGCCCUACACAUUGGUUUUAAACUCUGUCAAAGAUAAUUUUUGUGAUAGAUAUUAUUUAACUUAGAAUUUAAUUUUAAUCUAAAUAAGACGAUCGGUCAUUAUAAUCUUGUUCAAAUUAUGCACAUUUAACACACAAAUAAUGUAAAAUUAAAAAUGUAAGUGAUGUUUUUUGUAUUUGCGAGCAUUAGUUUCACUCUUUAAAAGUUUUGUAAUUUUUAAUGUGUCGACAUUGAUUCCUGAACAAUGUGUUAGUCAUGAAAUGAUUCAAUAUGUCAUAUGUGUUGCCAUUGUUUAGGUCGAUAAUUAAUUGUAAUGUUACAAUAGGUUAUAUUUUGUUAACGGUGAGGGAGCUACAGCCUACUUGGCAUAUAUUUAUUACGGAUAAUACAGAUGCUUCGCUAAUAAUCGGCAUGUAAGCGACAUAAUUGAAAUGUUAUAAUUCUCUAGUCUAAUUCCUACUCUUGUAAAGACAAUGUGUAUGAAAAAAAAAUUAAACUUUAAUUUUUUAAUUAUUCGGUUUAUAAAGUUUCUGCAA